GCAGCUCGACGCGCCAACAAUACACAACAUCGUACAGAUCGCAACCAUGCCACGAGGAAGGGGUAGAGGCGGUGGCCCAAGGCUGCGCUUGUCAGCAAGAAAUUCCACUCCCGCAGUCAAGGUCGAUGUAUCCGAUGAAGAGAUGCCGGACCCAAUUGUGCAAGACGAGGACGACGGAGAUGCGGAUCAUGUCGAGAACGGCGGCGCCGAAGAGGAUGACGGCGAACAAGAAGUCGAAGAGGAUCAAGACGCCGGAGAUCGCAGCAGUCCACCAGUCAUCCAAACCAUUCCGCGCAAACGUGGCAGAGGUCGCCCACCUACACGUCCUCGCCCAGACUGGGACACUCCAGAGCCCGGUACUGCUCACGGAUCAGAAUCUGGUACCCCGCGCAGAAAGAGAGGUCGCCCAUCAGGAGUUGGAGGACCGCGCGGCGGCUUCAGAGGCAGACCUAGAGGAGGCCCUUCACACGCAACCAGAGUGCCCAUCGACAAGGAGGGCAACAUGAUGGACGUGAUCAACGACGAAAUCGCGCUUCCAGAGGACCCUGAGGGAGAGACCAAAGUCAACAAGGACGGCCAUCUGCAGGGCGGCCGCGACUACCGUGUGCGCGUCUUCACCAUUCUAGGCCGCGGCGACAGACUCUACAUGCUGUCGACCGAGCCCGCUCGUUGCACUGGUUUCCGUGACAGCUACCUCUUCUUCACCAAGCAUCUGCAGCUCUACAAGAUCAUCAUCGGCGAGGACGAGAAGAAAGACUUGAUCUCUCGCGACAUCAUCCCGCAUUCAUACAAGGGUCGCGCAAUCGGUGUGGUUACUGCCCGCUCUGUUUUCCGCGAGUUUGGAGCGCGCAUCGUUAUCGGAGGCCGCAAGAUCACCGACGAUUACCAAGUCCAGGCAGCCAAGGAGAGAGGUGACAUCGAAGGUGAAUUGGCCGAUCCCAACGACCGCUUACCUCCUCCGGGCGAGGCAUACAACAAGAAUCAGUAUGUCGCAUGGCACGGAGCCAGUCAGGUCUACCACAACAAUGCUCCUAGUGUCCCACUCCAGCCGGGCAAGCCUGCUCCAGGAAAGAGAAAGACCAAUGUUACCACUGGCAACUGGCAGUUUGAACAUGCCAGAGAAGCAAGCCGUUUCAACUCCAACCUGACUGCCGCACGCCGCGCAAAUCUUGACGGCGUCUACGACAUCAACACCAAUCUCAUGUUCUAUCCCAAAAUCAUGCAACCGACUCACGUCAAGUGGGAGCAUGUCAAGUCGACCGAGGACGCCCCGAAUUCAAACGGAGAGCCCGCUGUCUUCCAACCUCUUCCCGAUCGCAUCUCUAGAAACUACCUUGUCACCGACACCUACUUUGAGAGUGCACCAAGAGCAAACCUAGGCGUUCCUGGUCCGGAUGGCGAUGCUGACGAUCUCUCUACUAACGGGCUCUCGACCAUCCCGCAGGAUGUCCUCGAUGAACUGCCAGAAGAGUGCAGAGCCGCAUUCAACGAAGCAAAGAAUGCCGAAAUCGCAUGGAAGUCGAAGUGGCACAACGAACACACCGACGGCGCACGCGGCAAGUUGCGCAUUGGUUUUAAUGGCUUUCCUGUCUGAGUUGGUUGGACGAAUGCAUGGUUUAAUGAGGUGCGAAUUAUCACGGAGUUCUCGGAGCGCAGGCGUUUUUUUCUCGACCAGUAUGGCGAGACCAGCAUGGCGAAGGCAAAAUUAGCUGACAAGGAAUACCCAAAAUUAGGUCAAAGUAUCUGAAU